AUGUUCCUGACUCACUGUAUGAUGGGAUGGAUUGUGUUGACAGCUCUUAGCUUCUGCCUGCCUGUGUGGAGCGCUACGAAAGUGACCCAGCCCUACAGAGUGGUGAGCACCAAUGGUGUGGCACAGAUUCAGUGUGUUAUCCAUCCACAAAGCCUGAAAUACCCAUACCCUGAGGAGGCCAGAGUCAGUGUGCUGAAGGGCCUCCAUGGCCACCAAGAACUCUGCUUCUCCAUCCUUAACUUCACAGACCAGAGAGAGACACGUAUGGAGCAAAAAGAUCAGGUGCAGUGUACUGCUGAGACCACACACGACACUGUGGAGGUGACACUCUCUGGACUGAAUGUCACUGACACAGAUAUGUAUCGCUGUGAAAUCUGGAUCUUCUACCCACCACUGUACCUGGAGCUUAUUGGCAAUGGCACACUCAUUCAUAGCUGA